AUGGCCAACGACCACAUUCUAACCCUGUCAUGUCCGGAUAAACCGGGCAUAAUUCACGCUGUCACCGGAAUCUUUGCUAGGAACAACCUCAACAUCCUCGAUUUGCAACAAUUUAGUGACCGGGCUUCAGAGAAAUUCUUCAUGAGAGUCCAUUUUGGCCCAGUCGACGAAACAAAAUUCUUGAUACCUUCGUUCGAUGAGCUAGCGAACGAUAUAAAAAUGAACUAUGACCUAAGACCCGUGGCGGACAAGCCAAAGGUUUUGAUCAUGGUCUCCAAGAUCGGCCACUGCUUGAACGAUCUCCUUUUUCGUCAAAAGACUGGACAAUUGGCUAUCGACGUGCCAUUGAUUGUGUCGAAUCACCAGGACUUCGAGCCGCUAGCCAACAGUUACAACAUUGCUUUCCAUCAUCUGCCUGUCACCAAGGACACCAAGGCGGAACAGGAAGCUCGCAUUUUGGAGCUCAUUAAAGAACACCACAUCGACUUGAUAGUGCUGGCGCGGUAUAUGCAGGUACUCUCACCAACACUCUGUGAAGCCAUGUCUGGCAAAAUCAUCAAUAUCCAUCACAGCUUCUUGCCUUCGUUCAAAGGUGCCAAGCCAUACCACCAGGCCUUUGACAGAGGCGUCAAGAUCAUCGGAGCCACGGCUCAUUUUGUCACCGCCGACCUAGACGAAGGCCCGAUCAUUGAGCAGAGGGUCACGAGGGUGGAUCACAGCAUGACACCCAAAGAACUCGUCGACGAAGGGAGUAAUGUGGAGAGUCAGGUUUUAGCUGCGGCAGUCAAAUGGUGGUCAGAAAAAAGAGUGUUUUUGAACGGGCAUAAAACGGUGGUAUUCAACUGA